UCGUAUUGCAAGGCGUGGCUGGUUGGCGCGAUAACAUAACUAACAAGCGAUUGAAGCAGAAGUCUUCGAUGCAACAACAGAAUGGGAGUCCACGGUCUCUGGGAACUACUCGCCCCUGUCGGUCGCCGCGUCUCCGUCGAAACCCUCGCCGGAAAAACCCUCGCCGUUGACGCGAGCAUAUGGAUGGUGCAGUUCAUCAAAGCGAUGCGCGACGAGAAGGGCGAAAUGGUUCGCAACGCCCAUUUGCUCGGCUUCUUCCGUCGCAUUUGCAAGCUUCUCUUCCUCCGCACCAAGCCCGUCUUCGUCUUCGACGGCGGAACCCCUGCCCUUAAGCGCCGCACCGUCAUCGCACGCCGCCGCCUCCGCGAAAACGCCCAAGCCAAAGUCCGCAAGACCGCCGAGAAAUUGCUGCUCAAUCAUUUAAAGGCACUAAGAUUGAAGGAACUGGCUGAUGAUAUUAAGAGCCAGAGGAUGAAGCAGAAUAGUGAUAAGGGUCAGAAAAAAUCUAAUCAGAAGGACUUUGCUGGUAGUGAUUCAGGAGGAAGUCAAGUGAAAGAGCCGGGUGAAAUGUCUGCAGCUAAGAAAGACAGAAAUUCUUUGCAGGCAACAGUAUCAACUAGUUUCAACCAGGAGGAACUUGAUGAAAUGUUGGCAGCGUCUAUAGCUGCAGAGGAAAAUGGGAUACAUGCCAGAAGAGGAAUGCCGUCUAUUGUAAUCAGUCCUUCAGAGGAAAAAUGUGAUGCAGAUGAAGAGAUUAUACUGCCAUCAGUAAAUGAAGAAGUUGAUAUGGCUGUAUUAGCUGCUUUGCCACAGUCAAUGCAACUUGAUAUUCUUGCGCAGCUCAAAGGAAAGAAAACAGAAGGAUUAAUGAAGGAAGUUGACAACCAGAAACAACAUGAGGCCAUUUAUCAGGGCAAUGGUAAGGGGAUUCUACUUGGUGAAACUGACAUGGUAGGUUGUAGCUCAAGACGUGACAAUGUUACAUCAAGGAGUGACAAUCAAGACACAAUUGAUGAAAUGUUAGCUGCAUCUAUUGCCAUGGAGGAAAAUGAAGAGCUAGUAAACAAGGCAUCAACUUCUGUUGGGGCUUCCACCAUUGAGGAAGAGGAAGGUGACUAUGAUGAAGAUGAAGAGAUGAUACUGCCAGCUAUGCAUGGUGAAGUUGAUCCAGCUGUUCUAGCCUCAUUGCCACCAUCAAUGCAACUGGACCUUCUUGUUCAGAUGAGAGAGCGAUUGAUUGCAGAGAACAGACAAAAGUAUCAGAAAGUCAAGAAGGAUCCUGCAAAAUUCUCCGAGCUACAAAUACAAGCUUACCUUAAAACUGUUGCUUUCAGACGGGAGAUAGAUCAAGUGCAGAAAGCUGCAGCUGGAGGAGUAGGUGGUGUACAGACUUCACGUAUUGCAUCUGAAGCCAACAGAGAAUAUAUAUUCUCGUCAUCUUUUACUGGUGAUAAACAAGAACUUACCUCCACCAGAUUAGAGAAUAAUAAAGAUACACAACAGAAGGCACAGGGAGCACAUCCUUCACAGAAUCUUGAACAUAGCAUUGUGGCAAGAAAUGAUUCUAAUAAUUCAACUAGAUUGGUUCCCAAUGAACCUAGUGAGCCUGCUGAUGAAAGUAUUGAGACAUAUCUUGAUGAGAGGGGUCGAUUUCGAGUUAGUAGAUUGAGAGCCAUGGGGAUGCGUAUGACACGUGAUAUACAAAGAAAUUUGGAUUUGAUGAAAGAGAUUGAGCAGGAAAGAGCACAUGUGAACAAGGCUGCAAAUAUUGGUACAGUGAAAAAUGUGGAGAAUAAUGGUCCUUCGGAAAGUUCCAGGAUCCAACUUGUUGAUAAAUCACAAGAGGUGAAUGUUGACUUAGUUGGAGAGAAUGUGCAAAAUGAAAAAACAAUCUUUGACAAGGAUAAUUCUAUAGAUAUAUUUUUUGAAUAUGAUUGCAAGACUAAAUUUCUUAAUGGCGAGGAUGAUAUAUUUUCCAGUUUAGUAGGAGGAAAUCCAGUGGCAAUCAUUUGUGCUGAUGAUAAUGCAGCAACAGAGCAACCUUCUCAUACUGAUUCAGAUUGUGAUUGGGAAGAAGGAGUAAUUGAAGGUAAGAAUACCAUUUUUCCAGAACAUGAUAAGGUAGGGUUGAAGUCUUCUGUUGCUGAUGAGGAUAAUAAUAAUGACAGCGAAGUAGAAUGGGAAGAAGGAGACUGUGAUGGUGCUAAAAGCACCUUAUUGUCAGGAAAAUUGGCAUCUCGAGGCUGGUUAGAGGAGGAGUCUGAUUUGCAAGAGGCAAUAAGGAGAAGUCUUGAAAGUAAAGGGGAUGAGGAACUUAAACGCAUGUCAUCUGUAGAUGAGCCUUCAAAUCAUUAUGAGAACAAAUUGGAUCGUUGUUUAAAACAUGGUGGUGAUCAGAAUUGUUCUGACCCAGUGGAUUUAGAUGAUAACUCUGAGUUCCUGAACAAUAAAAAUAACAUGGAGAGUUCCACUUUGUGUAGGGAAGACAGUACUGAACAAAAUGAAUCUCAUGAAAUUGAAGAUGGAGAUAAAAAGGAUGAUUUUGUUUCUGGAAAUAAUGCACAAACAUUCCAUUUUCAUGGAAGUCAUUCAAAGUCAUCUGUAACAUUUAAUUCCAAUAAUACUGAGAUAUUGAUCAAUACACCUUGCAGUCUGGACAGUCGUUCUUGUUCUGAAGAUUCAAUUUCAGAUAAGCAUGAUGGUGGUAAAGUGUCUUUCUAUUGUAAUAAUACAUCCAAAUUUGAUCCACUUGGUACAACAGAAGAGGAGAAAAAGAACUGUAUUAAUGAAUCUGAACCAUUGGGUAUUUCUACCAACACUACCGAACCUGCUAUUCUUUUAAUGGAUUCAUCCUUGAAUAAAUCAACAGAUAACCUUUAUUUCAAGCCAAAAUUUUCUCCUGAGGUCAAUAAGGGAAGUUUCUAUGAAGAAAGGAAUACUAGCCCUGCCAAUGAUGUUGUUAAAACUUCUGGAAAUUUUCCUGCUCAUGCAGAGGUUAGCUUGGAGGAAGAAAUGCAAGUUCUUGGUCAAGAAUAUAUCAACCUAGAAAAUGAGCAGAGGAAGCUAGAGCGGAAUGCAGAAUCUGUAAACAGUGAAUUAUUCACUGAAUGUCAGGAACUACUGCAAAUGUUUGGCUUGCCAUAUAUUAUUGCUCCAAUGGAAGCAGAAGCGCAAUGUGCUUAUUUGGAACAUGAGAAACUAGUUGAUGGUGUUGUGACUGAUGACUCUGAUGUUCUUUUAUUUGGGGCACGCAGUGUUUACAAAAAUAUAUUUGAUGACCGCAAAUAUGUAGAGACAUACUUCAUGGAGGACAUUGAAAAGGAGCUUGGAUUGACCAGAGAAAAAUUAAUACGCAUGGCUUUACUUCUUGGGAGUGAUUAUACUGAAGGUGUAAGUGGGAUUGGCAUUGUUAACGCUAUUGAGGUUGUUAAUGCAUUCCCUGAGGAAGAUGGCCUCCAGAAGUUCCGACAAUGGGUUGAGUCACCAGAUCCCACUAUCCUUGGAAUGUUAGAUGCAAAAGGUGGAUCGAAUACUAGAAAAAAGGGGUCAAAAGUUGAAGAAAAGAUAAAUCCAUCAAAUUCCGAUAUUAAAGAGUCGGCAUCAGAUAAGAACAUCUCCUGUGCUCACGAGCAAAACAAGUUGCUAGGUUACAUUCAAGAAAUAAAGCAAACUUUCAUCAAUAAGCAUAGAAAUGUUAGCAAGAAUUGGCAUAUUCCAUCUUCUUUUCCAAGUGAAACAGUUAUAUCUGCUUACUAUUCGCCAAAUGUUGAUAAGUCCACUGAUCCUUUCACAUGGGGAAAGCCAGACCAUCUUGUUCUUCGCAAAUUAUGCUGGGAGAAAUUUGGGUGGACUUUCCAGAAAGUAGAUGAAUUGCUAUUACCUGUGUUAAAGGAGUACAACAAACACGAGACUCAAUUGCGGUUGGAAGCAUUUUACAGUUUUAAUGAAAGAUUUGCCAAAAUCCGCAGCAAAAGAAUUGAGAAAGCAGUAAAAGGAAUUACUGGUAAGCAGCCUAUAAAUGGUUCUGCAGAAGAGUUGUCCAAGAGUAGAAAGACAGGGAGAGAACCUGAGGAUAGCACAUUGGAGGCUUCAAGGGGAACAGAAGAAAGUCUUGAAGGUAGAAGUAAAUCAAAAAUAAAACCGUCAAGGAAAAGGAAGAAUGAUGGGAAUACUGUUGCUAAGGUGAAGUCAAAGAAAAUGAAAGUUAAUGACGAUCCCUCUUCAACACCUGGUAAAUCUGAGAUGGAAAAUUUACAGCCAAGUAUGGAGACAGAAGAAGAGCAGUUUGAUGGUAAGGCAUUUAUUCAGAAUAGAAGUGGAAGAGGCAGAGGAAGAGGUAAAGGUAUGGGAAUAAAAAGAGGAAGGGAAAAGGAAAGACUCGGUUUUCAAUCUUGUGAAACUGAAACGUCAUUUGGGAGCAGUGACAUUGAUGAUCAUGGGGAAAGAGUGCUUAUGGAUAAAGCUCCAAAAGAUGUGCGAAGGUCAAUGCGAUCACGGAAACCUGUCAACUAUUCUUUCGAAGACACUGAAUAUGAAGAUGCUGAUGAUUCAUUUGAUCAAAAAUGCUAUCAGAGUGGUCCAAUAGAAGAAAAUUUAUCUCAUACUCAUGGCGCAUGUGAAGGUGGUGCAACUGAUUUCAACAUGGGGAAAGAAUGCAGUACAACGAAUUUUCCUCCAAAAGAGAACUUGCCUACAGACUCUAUUGACUCAGAAGGUUUGUUUUGCACGAAUGCCGGGGAAAGUAGUCAUCCUGUGACUGGCAAUCAUGACUCUUCUGAUGACUACCUUCAAAUGGGAGGUGGAUUCUGUUUAGAUGAUAGUGAGACAGGUGACAAGCAUAAUGCAAUUGAUGAUAUCAAUACAGAUGCAGUGGAUUAUAAUGCAGACUUUCCACACUGUUCUAAUUGCGUGGACGAAACUGACCGUGAUAAAAGUAGUUCAGAUAAGUUAUUUUCUGGCACUGAAAAGGCUGAGGCUGAAAAUAGGAUACAAGGUGAAGCGGCCUCUUGUAAAUUCAAUAGAGAGACAAAUGACUUUCAAAAAGCUAGCAGUUGUGAUAAUUCUGAAAUAGGGGUCUUGAUACCAGAGAAUGUUCAUAACAAUAUUGGAGCCUCCACCGGAGCUUUUAGUGCUAUCCCGUUUUUGAGGAAAAGAAGGAAGAACUGAAACUUUUAUAGCUUUGAAUGUCAGGCUUGUGCAUCUAUAUGUCAACCCUCCAAAUUGUUUACGUCUAGUUAGUUAUGUAUCAUCCUGUUCCAUUUGAUUGUUUGCAGAGCGACAUUCAUGAUGUUUCAUGCCAUUUGAUUGCAUUUCAUUUUUACCGAAGGAAAUGUAAAUCGCCAUAUGACUAAUGACUAUUAUGGAAAUCAAAUUUUGAUCGGUUUA